GACAUUUUGUGUGCUGUGACAUGGUUUUUGCCAUGGCAUCCGAGACUGAAAAGGCCCAUGCUCUUCUCCAAACUUUCAGCACAGCUUCAGUUAUUUCUAGUCUAGGUUUGGGAAUAUUCUGCUUUGUAGCAGACAGACUUCUGCAGUUUUCCUUCAUUCAGCAAAAUGACUGGCUCCGAGCCUUCUCUGAUAAUGCAGUGCAUGGUAUACUAGGAAUGUGGUCCUGGGCAAUAGUGAUUGGACUCAGGAAGAAAAGUGACUUCACUGAGGUCACUCUGGCUGGCUUCCUCGCCUCUGUCAUUGAUGUGGACCACUUCUUUCUUGCUGGCUCCCUCUCGUUAAAGGCUGCUCUGAAUCUUCCACAGAGACCACUUCUUCAUUGUUCUACUGUGAUUCCUGUUGUGGCUCUGACAUUAAAGUUUAUUAUGCACCUUUUCAGGCUUAAGGACUCAUGGUGCUUUCUUCCCUGGAUGUUGUUCAUAUCCUGGACUUCUCAUCACAUCCGUGACGGGAUUCGUCAUGGCCUCUGGAUCUGCCCGUUUGGAAAAACUCCUCCUUUGCCAUAUUGGCUCUAUGUGGCAAUUACAGCAUCUUUACCUCAUCUAUGUUCAUUUAUUAUGUAUUUAACGGGCACUAGAGAAUUAAUGUCUAUAAAACAUGGAAUCCGCAUUGAUGUAUAAGAACGAUGGCUCUUAAAGGUUGUAUUAGCACUUGAAAUAAGCUGUCUGUCCCUGAAGUGGUUUCCUUAUGCUUCCUAUGACUUCCAAGUUAGGCAUUUUAAGCCUAUGGAGCCAGUUACAGCUCCUGUGUCAAUUCCUUGUGGUCACAGAAGCCUGUUUCAUGAAUGGUAAUAGUUUUAUAUCUAUACAUUCCCGUUGUAAAAUAUGUGAUCUUCCAUUAUAGUUCAUGCAUAGCUAGCUGAUUAAUAAAGUACGUAGUCUCUCUCUGUAGUAAUUACAUGACAGUUUAUUGUUAUGGUGCCAUUCAUCUGAUCACCAUUCACUUCAGAUUUGUAUUCUGCCUUUAGAAAAUACAUUUCAUCUAGAUAGUGUUUUUAUAGCACUUUAAAAAUGUAAAGUACUAUAUAAAUGCUAAGUAUUAGUGAGAACUUAGUAGUGUAUGGCACUUGAAAAAAAUAUCAGUUAGUCUUUUGAAUUUAUUUAUUUGAUUUCCUGCUGGACUCUUGUAUUCAACUGUUUUAAAAGAAAUGCUGUUUGUAUUUCACAAUGUGCAACUGUAUAUCUGCACUUAUUUGAACACUGCUAUCAUAGAGUGUUUCUACUAAAUUCUGUUCCUCUAUAGUUGCUUGAUACUCAAUUUGCAGGUAAUUACUAGCUGUUAUUUGUGGUUAGAAAGGAAAAGACAGUUUGGUUACAGUAUUUUGUGUGCUGGCCAAAUUGUUUAAUUUUUAAAAUAUACUUAUUAUGAAUAUUAUUUAAUUUGGAACUAAGGAAUUUUAGUAAGUAUUUCAGGAUUGUGUAAAGGCAGACUUGCUUAUUACAGUAAAGCUUUAGGGAAGAUUCAGGAAGAUAUAAGAAAAUAAAAAUUGCUCAAAAUGUGAUUUUGCUUAAAGACCUUACUACUGUACUGGUAAACAGCAUUUUCCAUUAAGCGCAAUAGCAUCGUAACUAUUAUGAAAUAAAAUGCAUUGUUAUUAUACGGAAAUAAAAAUUUCCUCAUAAAUAAGUUCCUUAAGGAAAAAUGUUAUU